UUUUACUUUACCCUGUAAAAUAAAAGCCCCAAUGGGUCUCACUGUAGAAGAAAAUGCCAAAGUUUGUUUUUUUGUCUCGCCCUCUUUUUCGGUUCUCUUUUGCAUGGCACUGUCACUUGCUGCUUAACUAGCUCAGGAAGAGGUUAUUUAGGGGCAAUCAUGGGUUCAGUUGAUGAGUUUUGGGAUGCAGAGAAGAUGCUUGACCUAUACGUACAUGAUUAUAUGGUGAAAAAGAAUAUGCACAAGGCUGCUGAAACUUUCAAAGAAGAGGCUGAUGUUGGUAAUCAUCCUGUGGUGAUUGAUUCACCUGAAGGUUUCUUAAAUGAAUGGUGGUCAAUAUUUUAUGAUGUAUACGCCCAUAGGCAAAUGGAGCAUCAGGAGACCAAAGCACAAGCAUCUGCUAAGACCGUACAGAUGACGGGGACUGAGCAACGAAGUAUCCAUUCAAUAGUGUCAUCAGAACACAAAAAUAAGCAGAGGCUCGGAAUGUUACCUCUCGAUGCUGACCUUUAUAGGACGUUGGGGCAACAGGCCUCUAGUGCACUGGCUGCUAGAAUCUAUGAGGGGGAGCACUGUAGGCAUCCUACACAAAAUAUUGAUGCAAAUUUACAGCUACUUGACAUCCACAGAUUUAACGUAUCAAAGUUGAUGCCUACCAGUUCAAGACAUUCGAAUCAACAAACUAGUAACGAGAAUCCACAUCAAUCUGUGAGAGGAGCAAUAUUUGAUUUUAGCUUCAGGAGACCUAUAUCUGUGGAUCCAAAUCCAUAUAGAUUGCACGACUCAUCUGGACCCUUCGAGCCAGGGAUAAACAAUGGAGUCAAUCCAUUACCAUUAAGUGGAAGGCCUGUAAAUUCUCCUUUUCGUGCACCAAAUCAUAAUCAGCAGUUGCAGAUGUUGACAGCACAACAUCAAUAUCAGCUAUUGGCUAGAGCCUUGACAUGCACUCCUGGACAUCCCAUGCUCACUCGUCCUGAAGAUCGUGACAUUACAGAUGGUCCUACCAAGAGUGAGUCAAGUAGCAAGGAUAGACAGAUUGUAAGAAAGAGGAAAACAUUGUCAAAUUUAAGCACUGGAGAAAAGGUGAGCAAGAGUACCGAAGAUGAUAAACCUUUGGGUGACCAUGUCGAUUCCUUUUGUACCCGUGAAGAAGAUCAUGUUGAUAGCAAAGAUGAUCCGUUUAGCGCUUUAAAUUGCAGCACUACAGCGUGUGACAAAAAUGAGCCAAAAAGCUUCACAUUCAAAGAAGUUGGUUGCCUCCACUCAAGCAGAAGCAAGGUUUUCUGCUGCCAUUUUUCAUCCAACGGGAAAAUUUUAGCUAGUGCUGGACAUGAAAAGAAGGUUCGAAUUUGCAACAUGGAAACAUUCAAUUUCAUCGAUACAUCAGAAGAGCAUUCUCACCUCAUUACAGAUGUUCGAUUUAAACCGAGUUCAACUAUAUUUGCAACCUCAUCCUUUGAUCAAACUGUGCAGAUAUGGGAUGCAGCCCGAACAAGAAAAUCACUUGUCAAGCUUCUUGGGCAUUCCGAGCAAGUAAUGUCUUUGGAUUUUCACCCAAGAAAGCUGGAUCUACUUUGCUCAUGUGACAGUAAUGAUGAGAUUCGACUGUGGAAUGUAAAUAGGGGUGCAUGCAUACAAGUUUUGAAGGGAGCUACCAAGCAAGUCAGGUUUCAGCCUCUAUUUGGGAAGAUGCUGGGUACUGCGGCUGGAAAUAAUAUCAAUGUUAUGGAUGUCGAAACUAACAAUGUCCGACUGCAGUUGAAGGGGCAUGCCAAGGAAGUCCUUUCAAUUUGUUGGGAUACAACUGGGGAAUAUAUUGCCUCUGUCAGUGAAGACAGUGCCAGAUUGUGGUCGCUUGUGUCAGGUGGAAAAUGUACACGUGAAUUGUGUUCGAAUGGUAACCAGUUCCAAUCAUGCACAUUUCAUCCAAGAUUUCCAAAACUCUUGAUCAUUGGUGGUUACCAGAUUCUCCAACUUUGGUACCCAACCGAGGGCAGCAAAACAUGGACAAUUCCAGCCCACGACGGGUUAAUUGCUUCGCUUGCAGAUUCAAUGGAGACUGGAAUGGUUGCUUCUGCUAGCCAUGACCAGUGUGUCAAGUUGUGGAAAUAGGCCCCGUCGAGGUUCACCGGAGAUAUGGAGGUUUUGGAAUAUGGUUCUAGUUCUAACAUGCAAUGGAUUUCAUAAUUUCCUUUUGAUGUGCCUGCAUCCUCAGGAAACAUUUCAUAUAGCAAAUGUUAAUACUUAUGAAAGAAUUGUAAAUAUUAGUAACUUUGGGAUUGCGAUCGGGAUCCCCUCUUUUGACGAAGUUAUAUAUGAUGCUUCCUUUUCAUCAUGGAUUUAUGUAUUUGCCCCCAUCAUCUGAGAUUACAACUCUGAGGAUGAUCUCACUUCCCAUCAAAAUUAGGGGAACUUGGGUUUUGUGAGAAUCUCCAUCUUUGGACGUUGAUUUAAAUCAUGCUGCAGUUUGCCAUGCUAAGUAGUAACCUUUUCCGUGAUUCAAGUGCUGAUAUUUUCUUGAUCAGCUGGUAUAAAGUUCCUUUCCUUAGAUAUGCACCAUGAUGAGGUUUUGGGGUAAGAUUGAUGUUGAGGACAUUCUUGUUGUAGAAAUGCAGUACUUGUGCUAUGUACGUGUAGCCUUAAAUAACUCUGGUUAAUACUCUGCUUAAUGUUCCCCG